UAAGUGUUGACAAAACUUUUCAAUCUGAUCUUGAAUCUCUUUCAAAAUUCAAAUUUUUCGGCUUCGAAUGAUGACUAUUGAAACGAUCAAAGCAACCAAGUAGUCUUCUUGCCAACCGAAACGUCGUUGAAAAUUGUAUUCAAGGUGAAUUUUUCCUUCAACCACAAUGGCCGGAUCAAUGGACGAGCUACUGGUAGAAUUGAACUAUGAUUUCAACUAUUUACUGCACGACAUUCGAACGGCCAUGCGCAAGCUAGAUCAAUCGCAACGUCGUACCGUGGAGGCGUGGCUGCACAAGCUAUCCAAUACGAACCAGUCGCUGGAGGAAAUUCGCCUGAGAAAUGAUUUUCUUUUCUACUUGUCACGAAACUGCGAGGACGGAAAUUUGCUACCGCCGUUCGAUCAAAAGCCACCGGCUGGAUACGCGUUGGAUGCAACGCACUUGAUGCCUAGCCUGGGAACAGCAAUGACAGGAGAAACCACAUCAAAACCAAUAUAUGAGGCUCAAACUGGUUCACCGUCCGGGGCAACAAGAAGAGCGGAGCUUUUCCAACGCUCACCCGACGGUGGAGCUUUUCUGGUAUCUCAACCAGUGCCCCGAUGUGGAGCUUUUUGCUACCUUGCCAUAGUUAGCAAACAACCGAAAAGUUAAUCGAAUACUCACCUGGCGGUUCCCUUCGCUAUCUUCACACGAUCCAGCAUUGUUAAAGCCUUUACGUUGCUACUUUUCGGGAACAAGUGAUUGUCCAAAGAUCCUCCCGGCAUGAAUUGGUAUACUAGGCAUGGCUCGCCAUCUGAAAAAAAAACGAAAUUAUUUGUAUUAUUUUACAUUAAACCGAAAUAUAUUUUCUCUGUUCCUACACUCAAAA